GAGCAGGAUCCCGGGGGUCCCCGGUGCUGAGCAGGACUGCGGCUCGCAGGAGCUGCUGUGGGCAAGUUCUCCCUCACAGGAGGCUCUGUGGGGUCUGCAGCCCCCAUCCAGGGUCUGCAGCCCCCAUCCAGGGUCUGCAGCCCCCAUCCAGGGUCUGCGUCCUCCCUGGGGGUCUGCAGCCUCCCCCAGGGCUCCUCCGUGUCCCUCCUGUGAGAACACGGCCCCAUCCCGGCUGUCACCCUGAUAACCCUGCCCAGCCCGGAUCCCCGCACCGUGGGGCAGCCCCACAGCCGGGACCAGGGGUCUCUGUGCCAUGUGGCACCUCCCUGACGCCCACCCCCCUCACCCGCAGACCCCCGGCAUCCCGGAGACCCCCGGCAUCCCGGAGACCCCCGGCAUCCCGGAGACCCCGGGCUCCCUGCACCUGGAGGAAAUCAUGGACAACUUCUCCUCCUUCUACGACAAUUACGGCAACGAAAGCCUCCUGGACUACGACGCCGCGCCCUGCCACAACCGCUUCUGUCCCCUCUUCCAGCGCGUGGCUCCCCCUUUCCUGGCCGCCACCUCCGCGGUGGCCGCGGUGGCCACCGGGGCCCUUCUGGUGGCCCUGGCGCGGUGUCCCCAGGCGUGGCGGUGGCCGCGGAGCCGGGCUCUGCUGGCACAGCUGGCCGUGGCCACCGCGCUGUUCGCAGCGCUGCUGCCGGCGCUGGCCGCGGCCGCCGCCCGGGGCUGGCACCUGGGGACGGCUCCUUGUCGCCUCACGCACCUCCUGUGGCACUGGAGCGUGUUCGCCCAGGCGCUGCUGGUGGCCAGCGGCUCCUGCGGCACGGCCUGGGCUCGCUGGGAGGCUCGGAGCCGCCGCCUGGCCGCGGGGCUGUGGGUGGUGGCCCUGCUGCUCGCCACGCCGGCGGCUCUGGUCAGCGGAGCGGCCGCGGGGAGCGGCUGUGUCCGGCGGAACGUGGCCGUCCUGGCCCCGGUGUACCUGCUCCACCUGGCCCUGUGCCUGUGCCUGCUGCUGCUGCUGCCCGCGGGGCUGCUGCUGGCCGCGCUGGCCGUGCCGAGCCUCAGGGCGAGCUGGGCGGCCGGAGCCGGCCUCACCUGGCUCUUCCUGGGGCUCUGGGCUCCGUACGCGGCGGGGCUGGCCGGGGAGUUCCUGCUGCAGGCCGGGCUGCUGGAGCCCACCUGCGGCUCCUUCGAGCACUUCGACCUCGCUCUGGGGCUGAGCGAGGGGCUGGGGGUGCUGCACUGCGGCCUCGGGCCCCUGGCGCUGCUGCUGGCCUGGGGCUGCGGCCGCGCCGAGGGCGCUGCUGGGGGCUGCUGA